UGAACUUUGGAGUUUAAAAACAAGUUUAGCAGUGAUUGACUGCCUUGCUUUAGUACCUCUAUUUCUUAUAAAACAACUGUGUCCUGUACAAAUAUUGACUUAGUCACGAGCUCUGCACAGCAGCUUUUGGUGCGUGUCACAUUCAAAGCAAGCUUAGCUUUUUUUUUUCUUCUCUCGAUAGAAACCGGUGGGGGUGGGGAGAGAAAGAGGGAACUGGGAAGAAAAGGAGGGGUAAGCCUUGCUUCCCUCCCUGCCUGCCUCCGAAAGCCAAACAUGGCAUCUUCCAUGAGGAGCCUGUUUUCAGAUCACAGCAGAUAUGUUGAAUCUUUUCGGAGGUUUCUCAACAGUUCCACGGAACACCAGUGCAUGCAGGAGUUCGUGGACAAGAAGCUGCCAGGCAUAAUAGCAAGGAUUGGAAACACAAAAUCAGAAAUUAAGAUUCUAAGCAUAGGAGGAGGUGCAGGUGAAAUUGAUCUUCACAUUCUCUCCAAAGUCCAGGCUCAAUACCCAGGAGUACAUAUUAACAAUGAGGUUGUUGAACCGAGUGCUGAACAAAUCACCAAGUACAAAGAGCUUGUAGCCAAGACAUCAAACCUCGAGAACAUAAAGUUUGCUUGGCAUAAGGAGACAUCGUCUGAAUAUCAAAAUAGAGUGAUGGAGAAAAAUGAGCUUCAAAAGUGGGACUUUAUUCAUAUGAUUCAGAUGCUGUAUUAUGUAAGAGACAUCCCAGCUACCCUGAAAUUCUUCCAUAGUCUCUUAGCUACUAAUGCUAUGAUUCUCACUGUUCUUGUGUCAGGAAACAGUGGCUGGGACAAGCUGUGGAAAAAGUAUGGAUCCCGCCUUCCCCUGGAUGACCUCUGCCAGUAUGUCACGUCGUCUGACCUCACCCAGAUGCUGGACAACCUGGGCAUUAAGUAUGAGUGUUAUGACCUUCUGUCUACCAUGGACAUAUCUGACUGUUUUAUUGAUGGUAAUGAAAAUGGAGACCUGCUUUGGGAUUUUUUGACUGAAACCUGCAACUUUAGCACAACAGCACCACCUGAUCUCAAAGCAGAAAUUAUGAAAGAUCUACAAGAGCCUGAAUUUAGUUUUAAGAAAGAGGGGAAGGUUCUUUUUAAUAAUACUCUGAGUUUCAUAGUGGUUCAGGCAUAACAAUCAAUCACAAGAGUGUAUUCAAAAAUUGUGUUCUAAACAAUGUUGAUCAUUUAUUUCUAUAUUAAAAUUACAAAUUUAUUUCUAUAUUAAAAUUAAAAAUCAUAAUGUAGAUAGAGCAUCAUAUCAUAUAUGAAAUCUGGAAAAUUCCAAGACAAUCUUGGACUUCCAUGUAGAAUCAUGUGGGAUACUGCUGGUCUUAUCCUGUCCUCGUCCAGGUAGAGAGACCAUGAGAGGCUAAACACCACAUAAGUUGGAAAAAUGAGACAAAUGAGUUUCACUGGGUUAUUGACAAUAAAAUCCUUUCCAUUUGCUGAUUGUACUGAAAUUUUCUAGAAUUCUAAUAAAAUAUAUGCUAUGGAUUCUUUAAAUUCUAGUGAAGUGCAUACUUAUUGAUACUUCGAACACUAAGAAACUAUAUUUAUUGGUUUUUCCUCUUUUGUGAAGAAGUAUUUGUCUUUGUACAUUAUUGUAGUUUCUAUCUUAUUUUUGGUUAUUAAGAGUAAGUACUUUUAGAAUAUUACAAAAUUAA